GCUCACUUUGCUGAGACGCUCUCAGUGCUCCUGAAGGAUGUUUGCUCUAUGCAUCUUGGUUUUGGCCGGGACCUCUGCUGUCUGGGGUCAGACACUUGAAGACAAAGCCAGAGUGUUCCUGCAGAAAUUCGAUGAUGAAGCAUCUCGCCUCAUGUAUAACUAUAGUCUUGCAUCAUGGGCCUACAACACAGACAUCACUGCGGAGAACUCAGAAAAACUAGCGGUUCAGGGAGCAAUCUGGAGUGAAUACUACUCUAAACAAUCAGAGGCCUCCAAUGAAUUCCCUAUCGAUCAGAUUUCUGAUCCAGAGAUUAAGCUCCAACUAAAAUCACUUCAGGACAAGGGGUCAGGUGCGCUGUCGCCUGAUAAAGCCAGUUAUCUAAAUAAAAUCAUGAAUGAGAUGAGUACUAUUUAUGGCACAGCAACGGUGUGUAAAAUCAAUGACCCUUUUGACUGUCAGACUUUGGAACCAGGGCUGGAAGCGAUCAUGGCUGACAGCACGGACUACUACGAGCGGCUGCACGUGUGGGAAGGCUGGAGGGUUCAGGUGGGCAAGAAGAUGAGGCGACUCUAUGAAGACUACGUGGACUUAAAGAACGAAGCGGCCAAGCUGAACAAUUAUAAAGACCAUGGAGACUACUGGAGGGCUAAUUAUGAAACAAUUGAUGAUCCGAAAUACGCCUACACUCGAGAUGAACUCAUGACAGAUGUGCGACGCAUAUAUACUGAGAUUCUGCCUUUAUACAAAGAGCUUCAUGCAUAUGUGCGAGCCAAGUUGCAGGACACAUAUCCUGGCCACAUCGCCACUAACGGAGGUCUCCCAGCCCAUUUGCUUGGUGAUAUGUGGGGAAGGUUUUGGACCAGUCUUUACGCACUCUCUGUUCCUUAUCCAGACAAGCCUGAUAUCGAUGUGACCUCAGCAAUGUUAGCACAGGGCUGGAAAGAGCGACAGCUGUUUGAGGAAGCAGAAAAGUUCUUCAAAUCUGUAAACAUGUUUGCUAUGUUUAAUAACUUUUGGACCAACUCAAUGUUCAUAAAACCUGAGGAUGGCAGGAAAGUGGUGUGUCACCCCACGGCGUGGGACAUGGGCAACCGAGAGGAUUACAGAAUCAAGAUGUGCACCACAAUAAGCAUGGACCAUUUUCUAACUGCGCAUCAUGAGAUGGGACAUAACCAGUACCAGAUGGCCUAUCGACACCUGCCUUACCUUCUUAGAGACGGCGCCAACGAGGGCUUUCACGAAGCAGUGGGCGAGAUCAUGAGCCUGUCAGCUGCAACCCCAUCUCACCUGCAGUCUCUGGGGCUCCUACCUGCUGACUUUAUAGAAGACACAGAAACGGAAAUCAACUUCCUGCUGAAGCAGGCCCUUACCAUUGUGGCAACAUUGCCCUUCACCUACAUGCUGGAGGAAUGGAGGUGGCAGGUGUUUCAGGGUACUAUUCCCAAAGACCAGUGGAUGCUCCGCUGGUGGGAGAUGAAGCGAGAGCUGGUUGGAGUGGUUGAGCCUUUACCAAGAGAUGAGACAUAUUGUGACCCACCUGCUCUUUUCCAUGUGUCCGGAGAUUAUUCAUUUAUCCGAUAUUUCACGAGAACGAUCUACCAGUUCCAGUUUCAGGCUGCGCUUUGCCGGGAAGCUGGUCACAGUGGCCCACUUUACAAAUGUGACAUCACAAACUCAACUGUGGCAGGCAACAAACUUAGGAAAAUGCUUGAGUUGGGGCGAUCAAAAUCCUGGACACGGGCUUUGGAGGACAUCUCGGGUGACACCAGGAUGGACUCCCAACCUCUGCUGAACUACUUCAGUACACUCUAUGACUGGCUUAAGGCUGAAAACCAGAAAAACAACAGACAACCAGGGUGGGAUGCUGCUAUCGAUCCAUAUUCUGAAAUGGCUAUUAAAGUGAGAGUGAGUCUGAAAGCUGCCUUGGGAGAUAAUGCAUACCAGUGGAAUGACAAUGAGAUGUACCUCUUUAAAGCGUCCAUGGCCUUUGCAAUGAGACAAUACUAUUUAGAGAAAAAGGGGGAAGAUGUCAAAUUCAUGGCAGAGAGUAUCUACACGUACAAAGAAACCCCAAGGAUCUCUUUCUACUUUGUAGUGACCGAUCCUAAUAAUUCAACUAGGACUAUUCCUAAAGCAGAAGUGGAGGCUGCUAUCUGGCUGUCCCGAAAUCGCAUCAACGGGGUUUUUCAGCUGACAGAUGACACUCUGGAGUUCGAAGGCCUGCGUGCUACGUUGGCUCCUCCUGCAGAACCCCCUGUUCAAGUGUGGUUGGUUGUUUUCGGAGUAGUGAUGGCCUUAGUCGUCUGUAUUGGCAUUUACCUCAUCGUCUCAGGGGCCGUGAACAGGAAGAGGACAGCCAAGAAAGCGGACAAGCCUGAGAACCCAUAUGAGGAACCAACGAAUGGAACAGUGAACAAAGCCUAUGACAGCGAUAGUGAUCAAACUGGAUUUUAAUUAACUGAUUUGAGACAAAAGCCGAAGGAAAUGAUACUGCAUCGUAAUCAACCACAAUUACAAUAUAAUAAACUGUGAGACAUAUUUCACUGGUCACAUCAAUGGAUGGACCAAUGUAUUUUAACAACAUGCUGAAACAGUUUAUUUAUGUGUGAGAGCAUUGCAAUGAAGUUGUGUAAAUUGUGAUAUUGCAAUUGCGUGUAUAAUAAAUCAUGAAAUACA